AUGGCGGAUAGAAUAAGCACUUUACCAGAAACUAUUAUCUGUCUCAUUCUCUCUUUUCUCCAAACCAAACAAUCCGCUGCUACAAGCAUUCUUUCAAAGAGGUGGAAGAAUAUAUGGCUCUCAGUCCCCGUUCUCGACUUCCGUCCCACAAGAAUAACAGACGCAACCACCAAUUUCCGCUUUAACGACUUCGCCUACUCCAUUUUCAUCUCCCGAGAUCCCGCACUUUCGAUCAAAAGUUUCUCCCUCCAUGUUAAAUAUAAAUGUGGUUAUAUUAACACUACCGGUUUUCCUCUCAUUCCUAGUUUCACCAAAUGGCUCAAUUACGUUUUACAACGCGGUGUCAAGCACCUUAAUCUCGAUGUAGCCACACCCGGUGGCUUGCCUUUAUUGCCUAUUAGCAUUUUCACUUGCAGAACUCUUGUGGUUCUCCAUCUUACUAUUUUUUGGGUUCAGUAUAGUUUUUCUUCCGUUGAACUACCCUUGCUCCAAACCCGUAAUAUACAAUUUAUAACUUUUCCUGAAGAUGUUGAUUUUAUGUUGCUUUUAGAUGGAUGUCCAAUUCUUGAGAAGUUAUUCAUAUCUAAUGUGUUUUCUAAUUGCCAAGAGGACUCUCUAUUAAACUCUAACAAAUGGAAAAACUUUAGCUUAGGCAACUUGAUUGUAGCAGAUGUUGAUUUCUCUUAUUUUCGUUUUCCAUUCAAAACACUUCAGAAUGUACGGUCACUGUCUAUUAAAAUUGCUAAGGAGCAUGUUAGAAUUGAUGCCAUUCCUACCUUUCAUAUUCUGACGUAUUUGAUAAAUUGCCCCAUCGAUUUGAAGGAGGCAGUUUCUAGUGUAAUAUUUGCAACUCCAAGAUGUUCGGACAUACCUAAGCUCGCGGAUGUGAAGAAGCAUAUGGCUUCAAAGUAUGGAAAAGAAUUUGUCUCUGCAGCAGUUGAAUUGCGCCCUGACUGUGGUGUAAAUCGCUUGUUGGUUGAGAAAUUUUCUGCUAAAGCCCCUGAUGGUCCAACCAACCAAGAUAAAAGUACUGACUGCAAUAGCUGA